UUUCAAUUAUAGAAGAUUUGAAGCUAAAUGUGUGAGUCACUGACUUCCAAACGUCACCAUUGGGAAUGGAGAGGAAUGUGGACAAGCAGACACCAUUGCCAGAGAGUGUUUCAUUCCAUUGUCAGUUUUAAGGAGGAAAUCCACAGGAAUGUCUGAAGUUUGGAGAUCACUUUUAACAUCAUUUCUGGAGGUUGCAUUUGCCCCUGUGGAUUGUAUCCUCUCCCACAGAGAAGGCUCCUGUUUGAUGCAGGAACCGUUGUCCUUCAGGGAUGUGGCCAUAGAUUUCUCUCAGGAGGAGUGGGAAUGCCUGGACCCAGAUCAGAGGAAAUUGUACCUGGAUGUGAUGGUGGAGAACUACAGCAACCUGGCCUCCGUGGCUAUUUCAUCGGAAGAUGCCCAUGCCUUUAUGCCCAAGACCAGAAUACAGGAUUUAUUCUCUGAAUUGAUACUGAGUACACAUAAUGGAGACAGUUGUGAUCAAUGGAAUGAAAACUGGAAAAAAUUUAAGCAAGUCUCAUAUCUUAAUCAUUGGAGGAGUGAGUUUGCAGAUGAGCAUUAUAAAAGUGGAAGAGUCUGUGACCCAAGGUCCAAUCACAAAAUACGUGAGGUUAUUCCUAUUGUGGAGAUGACACACAAAGGAAAUAAAUGUGUCCAGUCUUUUCAACCGUCUACAAAUUACACUGAACAAGAGAAUAUUCAUCCUGGGGAGAAAGCUUACAAAUGGAAUCCUCGUGGUAUAAUUUCCAGUCAAAUAUUCAAGACAAAUGAAGUGGAAAAAAUCCAGAGUGGAAAAAAAUCUUAUGAAUGUAGAGAAUGUGGUAAAGGAUUCCUUAACGCCUCGAGCCUGAAUCAACAUCGGAAAAUUCAUAAUGGAGAGAAACGUUACAAUUGUAGAGAAUGUGGCAAGGCCUUUAGAUGGUUCUCACACCUUACUACACAUCAGAGAGUUCAUACUGGAGAGAAGCCUUACAAAUGUAGAGAAUGUGGCAAAGCUUUUAGCAAUUUUUACUGUCUUAAUACACAUCACAGAGUUCAUACAGGAGAGAAACCGUAUAAAUGUGGAGAAUGUGGCAAAACCUUUAGCCAGUCUUCAUCCCUUACUUAUCAUCAGAGAGGUCACACAGGAGAGAAGCCUUACAAAUGUAGUGACUGUGGCAAAGGUUUUAGCGAUUUUUCCUCUCUUCAUUCACAUCAGAGAGUUCAUACAGGAGAGAAACCUUAUCAAUGUAGAGAAUGUGGCAAAACCUUUAGCCAUUCUUCAUCCCUUACUCGUCAUCAGAGAGGUCACACGGGAGAGAAACCUUAUAAAUGUAGAGAAUGUUGCAAGUCCUUUGUCACCUCCUCAGUCCUUACUAUACAUCAAAGAGUUCAUUCUGGAGAGAAGCCUUAUAAAUGUAGAGAAUGUGGCAAAUCCUUUGUCAGCUCCUCACACCUUGCUUCACAUCAGAGAGUUCACAGAGGAGAGAAGUCUUAUAAAUGUAUAGAAUGUGGUAAAGGAUUUUCGCACACCUCAAGCCUGAAUGAACAUCGUCAAAUUCAUAAUGGAGAGAAACAUUACAAAUGUAGCGAAUGUGGCAAAACCUUUAGACGGUUCUCACACCUUACGAGGCAUCAGAGAGUUCAUACUGGAGAGAAGCCUUAUAUAUGUGGAGAAUGUGGCAAAGCUUUUAGCGAUUACUCCUAUCUUAAUAUACAUCAGAGAAUUCAUACAGGGGAGAAACCUUAUAAAUGUAGAGUAUGUGGCAAAGCCUUUAGUCAUUCCUCCUCUCUUAAUACACAUCAGAGAGUUCAUUCUGGAGAGAAGCCUUAGAAAUAUAGAGAAUGUGGCACAUCCUUUAUCAGCUAUGCAAGUCUUACUAAUCAUCUAAGUGUUCAUACUUAAGGUAGGCCUUAUAAGUAUACAGAAUGUGGUAAAGGAUUCCUUGACGCAGCAAACCUGAAUGGACAUUGGAAAAUUCAUAAUGGAGAGAAACAUUACAAAUGUAAAGAAUGUAACAGCCAUUUAUCAAUGUUCAUGCCUUACAGUACAGCAGAGAGUUCAAACUUCAUAGAAGUCUUACAGAUGUGAGGAGGGUUGUAAGAAGUCCUUGACCAGCUGUGAGAACUUACUGGACAUCACAGAAUUCAUACUGGAAGGAAUCCUUAUGAAUGUGAAAAAUGUAAAAAGCCUUUAAUAGCCAUUCAGAUAUUACUGUACUUGGAGACUUUAUUACAAAAAGAUACCUUACAAAUGUAGAAAAUGGGUUGGGGCCUUUAUCCAAAGAUCAAAAUUUACUGAACAUCAGAGAUUAUUUAGUGGAUGAAAGUCUUAGACUGUGAAAAAAAAUGUGAGAAAACCCUUAACCUGUGGUUAAACGUAACAUUUUCGGCAUCAUUCUAAAGAGAAAGAUCAAUAAUAUUAAGUAUUUGGCCAAUGAUUGAACCAUGGUUGAAGCUUCACAGAAUGAUAAAAUUAGUUCCUGAAAAAUUUGAGGCAUAUGUCAAAGUGUUUAUCUUCUUGUAUAUGUCAUACUACAUCUCAUAAUUAUUACUGGAUAGAAACCCAGCAGAUAUAAAGAAUUUGACAAAGCUUACUCAGAAUGCAAACCUUACCUGAACUCAUACUGGGGAGAAACAAUACAAAUGUAAACUGUUGGGGCCCAGAUGUAAGCUGGCAAGGUCCUUGCACAUGAAAGGGCUAGCAAGGCUGGGACCCUUACCCACACAGUUUUCCCAGACUUGUUUGGAUGGCGAUUAUCAGUAGAAUAAGAGCAACCUUUGUAGAAUGAGAACAGCCUUUCAUGGCUUACCAAGAAGUCUGUUACUAUUUACUGAGAUAUGCUGUACUGAGAACUUGUCCUUCUAUUCUGUCCCUCCCUUAGAGUUUAAGAGGAACAAAGAAUACAUUCCUCUUGACAGACCUGCUAUUCAGUGUGUUAUGUAUAAAUAGGAUUGUGUGGCUAAUAAAGUUGCUUCAGUUCCUCGAGAGCUGUAGUCCUCCCAA